AUGCUAAAUAUAAAGGAGUGUCAGAAUGCCCCAGCUGGGAAGGAGGGGUUGCAGUUGAAGCGGCUCAGUCAGCUGACGAGGCCAGACCUCAGCAGUCCGAGCUGGAGCACAGCAGAGCCCAAGGCGCUUUCCCCGGAGGGUGGGGACAAGUGGGCAAGUAGCCGCCACGACUCGGCCUAUCCUGUCCUCAGAGACGACUGGAGCCACCGAGAACCGAGGCCUCCCCGAAGGCGAGUCGUCGGUGCCGCCGCAGCGCCCUCGAGCGGGAAUCAAAAUCAGAACUCGCCGAGGACCGCGCCUAUCAACGCCAGCAAAAACGAGGAGGAUGCAGGAAAAAUACUCGUUGGUGGCCUGAGCUGGGAUACCAGCAAAAAAGAUUUAAAAGACCAUUUUACUAAAUUUGGAGAGGUCAUUGACUGUACAAAAACAAUGGAUCCCAACAUUGGAUGGGCAAGAGGGUUUGGGUUUAUCCUGUUCAAAGAUGCAACCAAUGUGCAGAAGGUCCUAGACCAGGAGUACAGGCUGGAUGGCCGUGUCAUUGACCCUGAAAAGGCCAUGGCUAUGAAUGAGAGAACCCACCAAUUCCGGAAACAUGACUUCAUGGAGGGUCUGAAUCCUGAAGCCACUGAGGAAAAGAUCAGGGAGUACUUUGGCGAGUUUGAGGAGACUGAGGCCAUUGAAACAUUGGAUCCAAAGUUUAACAAAAGACAAGGUUUUGUGUUUAUUACCUUAAAAAAAAAAAAAUCUGUGAAGAAGGUUCUGGAGAAAAAGUUCCAUACUAUCACUGGAAGCAAGUGUAAGAUCAAGGUGGCCCAGCCCAAAGAAAUUUACUGGCAGCAGCGGUAUGGUUCUCGGGGCUGUGGAAACCACAACUGA